AUGGCAACCCAAUACCAAGAAACAAAAAUCUUGCCUGAAUACAGCGCCCAAGAAAUGCAGCAGCCAAUGCCACAACAACCCCAACAGUUCAUCGCCCACCCUCAAUCCCCUCCUCCCGGCCAGCAACAAUACUACCAACCACAACCCCCCCAGCAACCUGGCCAAGCUCAACCCCAAGUACUUUACGUGCAAUCCCCACCAACGCCCGGGCCCGGUUUCCCUCCUCAAUCACCACCCCCACCAGGAUUCUCCCCACAACAGCAGCAAGCAGGGGUCCCACAACAACAAUAUUUCGAUCCUAAAGGCUUCCAGCAACCCCAGACCCAGCAAAUGCAUCCUCAGCAAGUGCAUCCUCAGCAACCUCAACAUCCCCAAGCCCAAGGUCAGGCUCCGGGCCGUACAUACCAAAAUGCGACGCCUUUGCCUUCACUAGGCCGCACCCCAGCACCCGUCGAUUGCCCAACAUGUGGACAACGGGCUAUGACCAGAAUCACAUAUGUAGCGGGAGGGUAUACGCAUGCUUGGGCAGCGGGGUUGUGCGUGUUUACGUGGUUCUUCUGCUUCGUGCCGUAUCUGAUUGAUGGCAUGAAGAACGUGGAUCACCAUUGUGGAAAUUGCGGCGUUAUGCUUGCUACGUGGCAUAAGAGCGGGAGUGUCGAUGUGCAUCAACAUGCUUAA